GGCGGAGUCAGUAGAAGGUGGGGUUUCUCGGCUAUACUAACCUGAUCACCUGUCUUCUGAUUACUGAUUUGAACUACAUUUCCCAGGAUGCAGUGAAAUUCCAGGUUUGUCAUCAUAACAGGGAAGUCACAGCAAGCAAAGCUGAAGAAAGAUGCUCAGAUCACAUCCAUAAUCCCCAAAAGCAAAGGAUGGGUGCAUGAGGUUACCCUCUGCAUUUCCAGAAGGGAUUCCUGCCUCUAAGGACGCAGGAGCCAGUGGCCGCCCUCCUUCUGCCCCCAGCCCUCCGUCUGAGGACAGCUCAGUGGACAGUGAUGACAGCAUCGAGCUGGAGAUCAGGCGGUUUUUGGCAGAAAAGGCCAAGGAGUCUGUACGCAGUUCAGAGCCUCAAGGGGGCCCUGCCAAGCCGGAGAUGCCCUGCAGGAAAGAGCCAACCCCAGGGCUGCAGCCUGGAGUGUGCACCCGGAGCCAGAAAGCCAGGGCAACCCCUCAGCUGGCCGAAGGAAGGAGAGGCCCAGAGAGAGCUCGGACCCAGGCAGCCGGCCUCUUAAGCCAGACUGGGAAGGGCACCCCUCGUGUUGAGCAGGCCCCUCGCCUCCCGACUGCCCUGGGCCGAAGCGAGCCAGCGCUGCCCAAGAACACCAGCAGGAACAAUCCUGCCAAAGUGUCUCCGCCAAGCAGGAAAAGUGCCGGUGUGCACAAGGACCAGAGCCCCCAGGGAGCGCACACUGCCAUGGCAGAAAGUGUCUUUGGUCAGCUGUCCAGUUGUGCCAAAGUGGGUGCUGAGGCGGGAAGUGCUGAGGGGGCCUUUCACCUGAACUAUGGCAGCCAGAACUUGCUGACCUCCAAUCCUGGACCCCAGGCUGACCUCACCCUCCCCUGGAAUGACUUUGCACACCAGAGCAGGCUGUCCAGCCCAUGGGCACUGAAUCCCGGACCAGGCACACUGUGGACAGGGGUCUUCGGGGCUGAGAAAGAAAAGGGGGCCACAUCAGAGGCCGGGGGCCCAUCUGGCCUCUCCUCAGGCCCCAGGAAGGGCCUGCCCUUCCUCUCCACCCAGCUCUUCCACUUCGGGAAGAGUGUCUCCUGGGGGAGCAAGCAGGCUGGCCUCUUCAGCCCCAGCCUGGGCCUGCCUCUGCAGGGUCCAGCCUUCUCGGCCUUCAGGGAGACCCCGCCUGGCCACAGCCCUGUGUUUGGAAGCUCACACUUGCUUAUGAAGGACAGUGGGCACUGGCCAAGCCGGAAGGCUCAGGGGGCCCUGAGACAGCACGACAGGAGAAAUUCUGGCUCUGAGGACAAUGUCCUAGACCUGAGGUAUCGACACAGGGUUGACAGGGAACACCAGGACCAGGAGGCCUUGGGCAGUGAUGCCAGCGAAUUCAGUGACACCUCUGUGGAGGACGGGGACAGCAUGACAGUGAGCAGUAAAGGCCUCAAGUUGUGACAGGCAUGUCCUGACUCUCUUGUCAUAGCUGUGGAAAGUUCUGUGUGUGCUGGCAGCAUGGGGUGGAGGUAGGGGCUGCUGACCAUUAAAGAGCAAAAAGAAGGGUCCCUUCUGCGCAGCCCCCCUGUAUAAAUAUGUACACUAAUCUCAAAUGACAUUUUUAUUUAAUGGAGGUGUCCUGGUACAUAUGGUUUUUGUAGGGUUUUUUGUAAAUUAUUUAAAGUAGUGUAAGAAAUACUUUUUGAAAAUGUCACUCCAUCUUGCAGGGUGUUCCUAGCUGCAAUUUUGUCUGGUCUCCAUGCAUGUGUGUAGAUGAGCAAACACUUGGUUCUCACCAUCCUGUGAGGGUCAGAGACAGAGGCUGGAUCUGUGGGCCAUUUGCUGGUACAAAUUUUCAGGCAUGCCUGGAGACGGCAGCAGCAGCUGUCUACCUCGGAAGUGUGUCAGGACGCCACUGGGACAAGGGUGCUUCCUGAAGACUCUAGCCCCUGGCCAGAGGCUGUCUCUGCUUCCUGUAGUUGUGGCCGGUAGCUAGAAAACACUUCAAAGCACAACAGCCAGCAGAUAGCUAGCCAGUCAUCCCCUGUCUAGUGUGGGAACCUGGCUGCUGGCUCUGCAGCUCAGCUGAGCCCAGAUGGUCCAGUAUCCAGUUGCUGGGACAUUCUAGCAUCCCUAUAAACCUCUUUAUACGAGAGCAACUGGUUUGCUUUUAUUUGUGGCUCUAAAAGGCGAUUCCACAUGUUUGUUUUGACUGUCCUGUUCUUGAUGUGUGUAUGGGUGGAGAGUGAGGCCAUGAGAUGGUUUGGUCCCUGAACACCUUAGUCACCUGUGAUGGAGAACCCCAGCCCUGGAAACAGUGGAGACAAACCCUCCCCACACCAGCCCUGUAGGACUCAAAGCCCAGUUGUAUGUGACCAACAAUGACACCAGCAGCCUGCAUGGCUUUCUCCAACCCUGCUUCUACACAGGAGAAAGAAGGGCCUGGCCAGUGCUGAGGCCAGGCUGCAGGCAGCAGCGUUGGGUCCUGGAAAGUUAGCCAGAGUGAUACUGCCUUGGUGCUGAGGUGCCAGUGGCAACUUGGGGCUGAAGAUGUGCUGGACCCCAGAUGUGAGGGUUACAUCUGUGUUGCGAUUAUCUCCCUGUCACCCCUGAGUCAUGCAGCUCAGUGUACUGGGUUGCCGUGGCUCUACUUUGUGGCUGAAUUCUGUUGGUGUUCUAACGUGGAAGUGAGUUUUCUACUUUAUGCACCAAUUCACUUCUGUGCCCAGAUGCUGACACAUACUCCCACCAUCCUCAGUGUCUGCCAUGUUGGAGCUGUGACGUGCACAGGGCUCUGUGGUCCUGUCUUGCCCCUGAACCGUCUGUGUAUAAUAAAUUCCAUGUGCAUAUUA